AUGUUCGGAUUACCUAUUGGCCGGAAUAACGGCCAGAGUAUUCUGCUGCCUCCAACCCACUUUCGAGAUUCCGCCAGAAAUGCCAUUUAUCAGCAGCUACCCGUUCUGCAAACUCUGAAUCCAGCUCCAUCUAUAAGGUCGGCGCCGUCUCAAUUUAAGCAAUAUCAUCAUUCACAAAAACUGCACAGGUCGCUGGCGCUGAGUGUGUUUUCUUGGAGCAAGCGCUCCGUUCGCUCUGCUCCUUCCAUAUAUUCAUCCUCUACUGCCACUAUUCCCGAAGAUAGCGAGCAAACUACGACGACAGUCGAGCAGCUUAUUAAUGACAUAGCUUUGCAUGAAUCUUACGCCAAGGAAGAGUAUCUUCAGCGCAAGAAUAUGCAAGAAAAACCUUCCUUCCCCUACCUGGGCGUUGACAACGUUGAUGAUGAUGCGGAAUACAAAAUUCUGUUGGGAAGUGAUCUUAAUUACCAAAACGUUCCAGAAUCAUUAGUAGAUUGGAACCUUAACGUUACUCGCGGAAAGCUUAUGCUCGUGAGUUUGCCCAUGGUUUCUUCCUCACCCGACCUUUCAUACUCCAACCAAGCGCUUCCUCAGCUUGUUGGAGACUUGGCUCAAAAAUGCCAAAUUGUGUUGUUGCAGCCUUAUAUCACAGAUAAGGAGUUCAUUUACGCGCUCUAUUCAUCGAAUUUGUAUCAGGAACAUGAUUUGGAUGCCAACUUCAAGAAAUCUGUGGCAGAAAUAUCAGUCAAGCAGUCACGACUCCUUCAAAUUAAUCAGCCUAAACGGCAGCUUCCUUCACCACCAAUAACUCCAGCAGACCAGACUCUUCUCACUUUCCAUUACAAAGAGAUUGCAUUACGAAACUACUUGGUGAACUUAGCUGCCGCAGCAACCACUGCAUAUGAGUAUAAGCUCAAGAAUGAAGCCAUUAAGAAAGAGUUGAGGCUAGGACUGGCUAAAGGAGAGAAGAGAAAGUUGACCAAGGAAGAGAAGAAAGCACUUUGGGACGAGGUUCGUCUGAAUGUCUUUGAAAGAGCAGGCUUAGAGGAAUAG